AUGUCUCUCGUCAAAGUACCUUUCCUCCUCGCAAAUGUGACGAGUGCAUAUAUUGCCUCUACACCUCCCAACCCCUCUGUCCCAGCCGAUCAGCGGCCCAAGAACAUCACUCCAUCUGAGCGAGUGUUCUCAGCAAUUGUCAAGUAUGUCAGGUGUGCAGGAAGCGUCUUCGAGCUCGUCGUAAUCCUCGCGCGACAGUGGCCCUCUCAUCUCCUGUCGCGACAGAUUUUGGACGCUCUUAUCCACGGACCGAGCACCCUUGCCAACCAAAUCAUCGUCAGUCCAGCAUUCCUCGUGGGCUGCGGUCUCGUUACGUCGAGCGUGCUCAUCCGUAUAUUGUGCUAUCGCACCCUCGGACGACUCUUUACCUUCGAAGUCGCUGUCAAGAAUGACCACAAGCUUAUCACGCAUGGUCCGUACUCGUACGUCCGGCACCCUGGUUACCUGGCGAGCAUCGCAGGCUGGAUAGGAACGGGUAUAACGUGCCUGAGCCAGGGGUCAUGGUUAACGGAGUGCGGCAUCCUGGAGACACCAGCAGGACGCGUUGCAGUAUGGUUGUAUGGAUCGCUCUUUGUGUAUGGUGCGGUGACCUUCGUGAUGCGUGCACCCUUGGAGGAUGCUUUGUUGAAGGAUCGAUUCAAAACGCAGUGGGACGAAUGGGCAAAGAGGUAUCUUAUGUGGGUUCAUCGUGUCGUCGGCUUUGGCACAUCUCUCAGCAAUCAAAAGGGCGUCUCGGAGGAGUUCACUGGAAGGCCUAGACUUGAUCUUGCCAGCUCACCCUCCAGACGAAGACUAGGCAUGGAACUCUCGCGUGAGAGGAAGUGCCCGUUUGGUUGGAUUGCAGAUCACAUGUGCUCUAUCAAGCCUCCAAAGUUCGCUGAACCUUCUGGAAAUCCUUUAUAUGGCAGAGACGUCAGCCCAGAGUCUUUGUAUGUCCAGAUGUCUCUCAUCAAAGUGCCUUUCCUACUCGCAAAUGUGAUAAGCACAUAUAUCGCCUCCACACCUCCCAACCCCUCAGUUCCAGCUAAUCAGCGGCCCAAGAACGUCACUCCAUCCGAGCGAACAUUCUCGGCCGUUGUCAAGUAUAUCAGGUGUGCGGGAAGCGUCCUCGAGCUCGUUGUAGUCCUCGCGCAACAGCGGCCCUCUCAUCCUCUGUCGCAGACGAUCCUGGAAGCUUUUGUUCAUGGACCGAGCAUCCUCGCUAGCCAAAUCACCAUCAGUCCGACAUUCCUCAUAGGCUGUGGCCUCGUCACAUCGGCUGUAUUCAUCCGCAUGCUAUGUUUUCGCGCCCUCGGACGGUUCUUUACCUUUGAAGUGUCCAUCAAGGAUGACCACAAACUUAUCACACAUGGACCCUACUCGUACGUCCGGCAUCCCAGCUAUUUGGCAAAUCUCGUGGGUUGGAUAGGAACGGGCAUGGCGUGCCUAAGCCCGGGAUCGUGGUUCAAGGAAUGCGGCAUCCUAGAGACAGCAGCAGGACGCGUCGCAGUAUGUUUGUAUGGAGCGUUCUUCCUGUAUGGUGCGGUGAACUUUAUGAUGCGCGCGCCUCUGGAAGAUGAGUUACUGAGGGCCCGAUUCGGCGUGCAAUGGGACGAAUGGGCAAAGAGCGUACCAUACAGACUGAUCCCAUACAUUUACUGA